CGCUAAAUUACUUCCUGUUGGUUGACUUCCGGUAUUUGUUCGAAAGCUAGAGAUACGUUUUGUGGUCUUCUGUAGUACUUUCUGUUGCCAUCCUACACAAAGCGGCGAAGAAGCAAUGCCUUUUUCACCAUCUUGUCUAUGAAGGAAUUGUCAAAAGUAAAUGGUCAAGCUUACAACAACGUUCUCUUCAUUGACUCCGGUUUGGCUUGGUGUUGAGUUGGCGUUUUUACACGUCUCACGAGAACACUAAAGUGAAAAAGGCACGUUCCGGCACAUGGCAACUAGUCACAGUGGAAGCAGCAAAACGUCAGUAUCCACAGCAAGUGCAGCUCUUGUUAGAGCUAAAGCAGAAGUCGCGGAAGUACAAGCGUCGUACGCAAGCCAAGAAGCUAAGCUUAAACUGGAAGAAGCUAAGCUAAAACUGGAAAAGGCUCAUAAUCAAUUAGAAACAACGAGAAUAACCACAGAAUUAGAAGUGCUGACAUUACAACGAGAAGCAGACGCAGCUGAGGCGGAAGCUAAGGUAUUGGAGGAAGCUUCGGGAGCACAAUCCACUGGCGAUGACAGGAAAACUGAAUCAGAAAAGGCAAACAUUGAACGCACCAGUGAAUAUGUUCAAUCACAGAUCGACCUUCAACAGCAGUUGUCAUCUCUAGCUGCCUUGUGUCCAGCAAUAGAUAAGCAACCGUAUCCGUUAACACAAGCUACCAUCAACACCUGGCAUCUGGAUGAAAAUACUCCAUAUAUGCAACCCAGUCCUAAUAGAACAAACUUUAAGAGCGAUAAAGAAUCUCACUUAUCCACACCAAACUUAAAUAAACCAGUUAAAGCCACGACAAACUCCGAAGAAAAAAGACAAUCUGGCUCAAACAUACAUGCUCCGCCCUAUGUUCCCCAACAGGUUCCACAAGCCAGCAUACUGUCUUCAGUGGAACCAUUGGCCCACUAUUUGGCAACACGAGAUCUCAUCACUUCAGGACUGUACUACUUCGCUGAUAAACCAGAAGAUUAUCGCGCAUGGGAGUCGUCAUUCACUACAGCGGUCAGCGGUGCUCACCUCACAACAACCCAAGAACUAGACCUCAUGACAAAGUGGCUUGGUAAGGAGUCUGGAGAACAUGUGAGACGCAUCCGCUCAAUGUAUGUAAACCAUCCAGAACUGGCUCUACACAAAGCAUGGGAAAGACUGCGUGACUGUUAUGCUACCCCUGAAAUCAUUGAAAAAUCACGAUUUGAUCGGCUGGACAAUUUCCCCAAAAUUUCUAAUAAAGACAACGCAAGGCUACGCGAACUGGGAGAUUUGCUCAUGGAAAUUCAAGGUUUUAAGAAGGACGGCUAUGUCACCGGCUUGUCCUAUCUGGAUACGUCACGUGGAAUUAGGCCGAUUGUGGACAAGCUUCCUUAUAGCCUUCAGGAAAAAUGGACAUCUUCUGGGUUUUUGUACAAAGAACAUAAUAACGGUUGCUUCCCUCCCUUCCACUACUUCUGUGUUUUUGUGUGCUCUGAGGCAAAGAAACGAAAUGACCCCAGUUUCACCUACCAGUACAAUACAACUGCUAACCUUGACAAACACAUUGCAAAAGGUUUUAACUCCAACAGACCCAUCACAGUGCACAAAACAGACAUUUUAACAACCAAUAGUGACCCCAAUGAAUGUUGUCCUCUACACAACAAACCACACCCCCUUAAGAAAUGCAGGACAUUCCGAAACAAAUCCCUGGAUGAUAGAAAGGCCUUUUUGAAGGAAAAAGGGAUAUGUUUUAAAUGUUGUUCCUCAGUUUCACAUCUCGCCAAACAAUGCCAGUCUUCUGUGAAGUGUUAUGAAUGUGGAAACACUCAUCAUGAGGCAGCAAUGCAUCCUGGUCAAUCCCCUCAAAUGGCCAAGGCUCCUCCAUCUCUUAAAGAGUAUGGCGGGGAGGCAGAAGAACAGUAUAACAUGCCUGAUGUUAGCACGAGCUGUACAGAUGUUUGCAGUCAAGGUCAGUGGGGGCGCUCAUGCUCAAAAAUAUGCCUUACUAAAAUGUACCAUAAAAACUUCAAGGACAAGGCCAUCAAAGCAUACGUAAUUUUGGAUGACCAAAGUAAUCGAUCAUUGGCAAGACCAGAAUUGUUUAAAAUGUUCAAUGUGGACAGCAAACCAAUCACUUAUCAUCUCAGAACUUGUUCUGGCCUUGUAGAGGCACACGGCAGGGAGGCUGAGGGUUUCCAGAUUGAGUCCCUAGAUGGUAAAGUUCUCAUCUCACUUCCAACACUCCUCGAGUGUAUAGAGAUUCCAAAUAAUUGGAAUGAGAUCCCAACACCAACUGCAGUUUUGCAUCAACCCCAUCUCCAUCACAUUGCCAAACACAUCCCCGAAUUGGACCCCGGAGCACAAAUACUCCUUCUCCUUGGAAGAGAUGUAAUCAGGGCACACAAGGUCAGACAGCAAGUAAAUGGACCACACGCCGCUCCUUUUGCACAAUGUCUGGAUUUAGGCUGGGUGGUGAUGGGAGAAGUGUGUUUAGGCAAUACACACAAACCAACAAUUAAUUCAAUGAAAACAAACGUAUGGGAAAAUGGACGUCAUUCCAUCUUUCUACCCUGCACCAGUGUCAUGUGUGUUAAGAAGCAACAAACCUUCAACCAGUCCUGCAAAUCACAAGAAAGGAUGCUGGGAUCGACAGUUUUCAACCAAACUGAACAUAACAACAAACCUGCUCCAUCAAUGGAUGACCUCCUCUUUCUAAAGAUCAUGGACAUUCAAACCUACAGAGAUGGAUCCAACAAUUGGGUCGCUCCACUCCUAUUUAAGGAACCACGUCAACGUUUGCCAAACAAUAAGGCCCAGGCAAUCAAGCGGUUCAUGUCACUUCAAUGAACCCUCCAAAGGAAACCGGAAAUGCAGGAACAGUAUGUCACAUUCAUAGAAAAGCUCAUUACCCACAAGCAUGCAGAGGUAGCGCCGCCAUUGAGGAAAGAUGAAGAGUGCUGGUAUUUGCCAUCCUUUGGCGUAUACCACCCACGAAAACCUGACCAGAUCAGAUUCGUUUUUGACUCUAGCGCCCAACACGCAGGUAUUUCCCUAAAUGACGUGCUACUCUCUGGACCCGACCUCAACAACUCCUUGCUGGGCGUUCUUCUGCGCUUCCGGAAGGAAAGAGUAGCGAUUAUGGCAGACAUCCAGCAGAUGUUUCAUUGUUUUUUGGUGCAUGAAGAUCAUCGAAAUUUCCUACGUUUCUUGUGGCAUCAGGACAAUUAUCUCAGGAAGCCAGUUAUUGAUUAUCGCAUGAGGGUCCACGUGUUUGGCAACACACCAUCUCCUGCUGUGGCAAUCUAUGGACUGCGAAAGGCCAUCAGGGAAGGUGCACAGCAGCACGGAGAUGAUACAGUCAGGUUUGUAGAAAGGCACUUUUAUGUGGACGAUGGCUUGGUAUCCUUACCAUCUGAAGGUGAGGCUAUUGACCUGCUCCAAAGGACAAAGUGUUCACUCGCCGAGUCGAACCUUCGCUUGCACAAGUUUGUAUCAAACUCUGAGGAAGUCAGCAAAGCCUUCUUCCCUCAAGAUUGUGCCCCUGUGGUCAAAUACUUAGAUUUUGAGUGGAGACUUUACACCCACACAACGGAGCUUAGGGUUGCUCUGGGAGAUUACAUCUGACACAUUUACAUACUUUGCAUCACCAACAAACAAACCAUUCACUCGACAUGGUGUUUUGUCUACAGUAAACAGUGUUUUUGAUUCCCUAGGAAUGCUCGCACCUGUCACAAUUCAGGGAAGAUCCCUUCUCAGAGAACUUACCUCCGAGCUAGCAGACUGGGACACGCCCCUGCCAGAAGCCAAAAAGAACAAGUGGGAGACUUGGAAAGAGUCUCUUCAAGGCUUAAACAAGAUUCAUAUUCCACGCAGGUACACUGCAAAGUCACUGUGUGAUGCGGUGCUCGCAGAGUUGUGCGUGUUUUCAGAUGCAUUAUGCAAGGCCAUUGGUGCUGUGGCUUACCUGAAAGUGGUCCAAGAAGAUGGAGAGGCCGAAGUCGGAUUUGUGAUGGGAAAGGCCAAGUUGGCACCCCAGUCUGAACCUACUAUCCCAAGGCUCGAGCUCUGUGCUGCUGUGCUAGCGGUAGAGAUGGCAGAUCUCAUCCAAGAUGAGCUGGACCUCAAGUUCGAUGAAGUUCGCUUCUACACAGACAGUAAGGUAGUGCUUGGAUACAUUUGCAACGAGAAAAAACGUUUCUACACCUAUGUUCAUAACAGAGUCCAGCGUAUUCGUCAAUCUUCAAAUCCCGAUCAGUGGAACUAUGUGUGCACAGAGGAAAACCCUGCAGAUCAUGCGUCAAGAUCUUUACCUGUAUCAAGCCUUGGACAAACAUCUUGGUUUAUCGGCCCUGCAUUCCUGCAAAAGACAUCUGCAAAAAUGACACAAACCAGUGAAAGAUUUGAGCUCAUUGGACCACAUAACGACUCUGAAAUCCGACCACAAGUGCAGACCUGCGCUACUUACCUGGAACGUCAGAUACUCAACCCAGAUCGCUUCCAACGAUUUUCCACUUUCACUUCCUUGGUGAGGGGUGUGGCAUUCCUCACCCACGUCGCAAGAACAUGCAAAAGGUCUAAUCAAAAAGAUGGAUGCAAAGGCUGGCACAAGUGUCACCAACCACGCACUGCAGAUGAAAUUGCCCAAGCUAAAUAUAUUAUUCUGAGGGCAGCACAAAAGGCAGCCUUCUCAGGAGAGCUUUUAGCUUUACAAGAAAACAAGCCAGUUUCAAGAAACAGCCCUUUGUUGAAACUCAACCCAACAUUGGAGGAUAGACUCAUUUGUGUGGGAGGUAGACUAAAGUGCUCUGAACUCACACUUUUAGAAAAUAAUCCUGUAAUUCUCCCCAAGAAAAGCCACAUCUCUGUGUUGCUCACACACCACCACCAUGUGCAGGUAAAACAUCAAGGCCGUCAUUUUACUGAAGGAGCCAUCAGAGCAGCAGGAUUGUGGAUUCUAGGUGGACGGUUUUUAAUCAACUCAAUUCUUCACAAAUGCACAAUCUGUCGUAGACUUCGAGGGAAGGUUCAAGAACAACAAAUGGCUAAUUUGCCUCCGGAACGUCUUAAAUCCUGCCCUCCUUUUACGUAUGUGGGAGUCGAUGUCUUUGGACCCUGGUCUGUCUUAACCAGACGUACCAGAGGAGGACAAGCAGAGAGCAACGGUGGGCCAUGAUGUUCACUUGUCUUAGUUCGAGAGCUGUUCAUAUCGAGUUAAUCGAGUCUAUGGACACUUCAAGUUGUAUCAACGCUCUCAGGCGUUUUUUCGCACUUCGAGGUCCAGCAAAUCAACUUCAUUCUGAUUGUGGCACUAAUUUUACGGGAGCAUGCAAAGAGCUUGGAAUGAACAAGGCAGUGCAGAACUUCCUCAGUGAAAAGCAGUGCAUUUGGAAAUUCAACCCACCACACGUUUCCCACAUGGGAGGCUCUUGGGAGCGAAUGAUCGGGAUUGCAAGAAGAAUCCUGGAUUCAAUGCUACUGCAGCAUGGGACUCCUAUAACCCAUGAAGUUCUUUGCACUCUGAGGGCGGAAGUCACUGCAAUUAUAAAUGCACGACCACUUCUGCCUGUAUCCAUAGAUCCACAACAACCCUUCAUUCUUUCACAAUCAAUGCUCCUAACACAGAAGGCAGGAGCUCCACCUCCACCUGGAGAAUUCACAGAGAGGGACCUUUACACCAAACAAUGGAAGCAAGUGCAAGCAUUUGCAAACCAGUUUUGGAGCCGAUGGAGAAGGGAGUACCUUCCUUCUUUGCAACAGAGACAGAAAUGGAAUAUGUCAAGGCGAAACCUUCAAGUAGGAGAUCUAGUUCUCCUCAAGGACAAGCAAGCUGCACGUAACUACUGGCCUAUGGCCAUGGUCACCGCCACGUUCCCCGGGAUCGACAAUUUGGUCAGGAAGGUCGAAGUGAAGACUACAGACCAAGGAACCCCAAAAACAUUUUUGAGACCAGUAACAGAAGUUGUUUUACUCCUGCCCAAAGACUAGAGUUAUUUGGUAACCUUAGUGGCCUCACAUAGGCCAGGCGGGGAGUGUGUUGUCCUGAAGUCAACUGUUAAUAUUAUUUACGUAAUUACAUUAUAAUAUUUUUGUAUUAGUUGAUAAUAUUUUGUAUUAGUAACUGCAAUGCUUUAAUUUGGAGUUAAAGUUGUUUAUAUUUAUUGUACUUUAUAAUCGGUAAACAGCAGUAAGAUGAUGUCACUUCCGCUAAAUUACUUCCUGUUGGUUGACUUCCGGUAUUUGUUCGAAAGCUAGAGAUACAUUUUGUGGUCUUCUGUAGUACUUUCUGUUGCCAUCCUACACAAAGCGGCGAAGAAGCAAUGCCUUUUUCACCAUCUUGUCUAUGAAGGAAUUGUCAAAAGUAAAUGGUCAAGCUUACAACGACGUUCUCUUCAUUGACUCCGGUUUGGCUUGGUGUUGAGUUGGCGUUUUUACACGUCUCACGAGAACACUAAAAUAUGUAUAAUUAAUUUGAUAUUUUUCUGUAAAAAAAAAUAGGAAUAUACAUAGUUUGUCUUUUCUGGCAUAUUACUUAAAAUAUCAGGCGGUUUGUUUAUUUACAGAUAAUGUCUUCAAUUCUACAGUUUUAUAACCAAUUUGAAAAAUUACAGUAGAAAUUUACAGUAAACUAACCAUAAAAAUAUGAUUUUUUUUUUACAGUGAACCCUACAAAAGAUAUUUUUUCUACUACAACUAAUAAAGAUACACAUCUCCAGGCAUUAUUAGCCGUUUUGCAUGUGUUGUUUAGAAGUUAUGUUUGAAAACAUUUUUAUUGCUUUUUUCGCAUUAUCUCAGGAUUCUAAGAACAUUAUUGUCAUAUUCACAAAAAAAAAAAUACUUUUUGCAUUUGCAAGAUUUAAAAAAGCAUAUGAUCCGAGUAAAAUUCCCAAAAAUUUAUUAUUUCAGUCAUUAUUAGCCAUUUUUCAUGUGUGGUGUAGGAGUUAUGUUUAAAUAACUGUCAUAUUGAGUGUUACAGUAUACAGUCAUAUUGAGUAAAACCUAAUUUUUCUAUUUGCAAAGCAUUGAAAAACAACUUUAUCUUGUAAAACUCACAUGUAUUCAUUAUCACAGGCAUUUUUAGACAUUUUGCACGUUUGGAUUAGGAAUUAUGUUGGAAUACAUUUUUAUUGCUUUUUUCGCAUUAUCUCAGGAUUCUAAGUACAUUACUGUCAAAUUGAGUAAAAAGAUACUUUUUGUUCUUGCAAACCUUACCAAAUGUUUUUUUUUUCAGGAAAACUCUCAAAGAUGCAUUUCUUCAGGCAUUAUUAGACAUUUUGCAUGUAUAUUCUUGGAGUUAUGUUUCAAAAACUGUCAUUUUGAGUGUGACCAAUAUGAGGCCAGUAAAACUAAUUUUUGUAUUUGUGAUUCUUUCCAGAAUACCUGAUUCUGGUAAAACUCACAUAAAUUCAAUAUUAAAGGCUUUUUAAGACAAA